CUUGGCCGCCACCAAAGACGCAAGGGAAGAUGGCGUACACGCUGACCUUGCUCGUGGGAACGCUCCUGCUUCAAGGGGCAAUGGCUUCUCCUGUGCUGUUCCACUGGUUCAACCUCCCCUCACCGGCUGUCUGCUGCAGGAGGAAGCUGGCCAACUGCUGUCCACUCAUCAACUUGCCAGCUGAGCACGUCGUGAAGCGCCCGUGGCCGCUGUUCACCAACGACGGCCUGACGCCCGAGGAGAUCGAGGAGCGCAACCUGGAGCGCCGCGCCCGUCGAGAGCGCCACAAGGACCGCCAGAGGGACAGGGACUCGAGGAGACAAAAUUCGUAGCCGAAGAGCGUCCCAUUCUCCGUCUC